AGCCCGGCCGCUUCCGCCUCGUAUGCUAACGAAGUUCCCCUCAUUGAUAGCUACCUGUGAGUCUCCAACACUUUCCAUACUUUGAACACGCGGGCAACCGUGCCAUAGAGAUCAGUCUACAUAACGCAAAAUUUGUUGUGACAGGAGUAGAUUCUCGUUAUCCCCCACAGUCAAUUACACCGCAUUUGCUAGGGCCACAACACGCUGGCGGAACCGCCCGACGUGCCAGCGCCACUGUGUCGAUAGCACAGUCGAGUCAAUCUCCAUCCACGCGUCUCAAGGCGACAAACCGACACGGGCUGCACGACUCUAAAUUUUGUCGAGAGGCAUACUCUCCACGGUUGGAGUCUACUGCGCGAUGCCAACACGCGAUCCGCUCUCGCCAGGUGCCCAAUCAGCGGCCAAACGCCGUCGCCAGGCCUCGCCAAGUCAGGACGACAGCGACUUUGAUCAUGACGGCGCGACUGGACGAAGCAAGGCAGGCCAAUGUGCUAGCUUUCGCAACGUCAGCGCGUGCACGCGAUGCCGGAUGCGCAAAAACAGGUGCGACCAGCGUUUGCCCAGUUGUGCAAGCUGCGCAAAAGCCGGUGUAGCGUGCGUGGGGGAUGACCCGAUAACCAAGCGUCCCAUUCCCCGGAGUUACGUGUUCUACCUGGAGAGUCGCGUGGAACAACUAGAAAACAUCCUCGUCUCACAUGACAUCCCCUUUCCUUCAUCCGAGAACCUGGACUUGUUAUGCUCGGCAUCAAAAGGGAAUGAACAAACGGAUCGGAAAAGACUGGAGGCAAGGCACUCCAAAGAGAGCCCUUCCAGUGUAUCGGACUCUAGCCUGCUCUCCCGAGACUCUUCACGCGUAGGGCCAGAGCUGAGCGAGUUCAGCCUCCCAAAAUCAGGAUGGCUAGCAUCAGUAUCCGGCGUCUCCUUCUCAUCGCUGGUGUUCACUGCUCUACAACAACCACCUUCAAAGAAUGCUGAAGCAAACACAACGUGGCCAGCUCAACGGAGGAGCGCUGGAAACAGGUGCGGCGCGACGAAGAGCCUCGAACAUUCAACAGCCAUUCGAAACACACUCCCACCGAAGACGGUGGCAACGAGACUGGCCAAUCUUUAUUUUGAGCACGUCAACCCUCACAUUCCUAUCCUUCACCGGGGUGAUUUCAUGAGCAUGCUGCACAAUGUCUACGACGGAGAAGAGGCGAAUACAACGUCCAGAGAGCUGUACAUCGUCAACAUGGUGUUUGCCAUGGGCUGCGAUGUCACCGACAUGGUGGUCCACUCCCGACCAGGGAAGAAUGGUGACUUAGAGUCAGAUAUAUCUUUUCUCGAGACUGCUGGAGCUCAGACCACGCCCGAAGACUACUACUUGAAGGCCAUUGUUCAUUUGGAGGCUUGCUUAACCGGCACGAAUGGCGGACUGGAGGUUCUACAAGCCGUACUGAUGCUCGCCAACUUUGCGUUACUUCGGCCGGUUCCACCAGGUCUCAGAUAUAUCACAGGUGUGGCUGUCUGCCUAGCUAUCGAUUUGGGUCUCCACCAGGAAGACAGCGAUGAUGCCGAUGAUGGUGAUGUCGUCGAUACUGAUAGGACGGCACAGCGCGAGACCACGAGCAAAGAGACAAGCCUAGAACAAGGGAGGUCGCAAUGGACUCGUGAUUUGCGACGCCGCCUGUGGUGGUGUACCUACACUUUUGACCGCCUCGUUAGCACCUGCGUGGGUCGGCCUUUUGGCAUCAACGAGCACGCCAUCACGACUGAGCUGCCCUCCUUACUGGACGAUGAUUACAUUACCGAGUCGGGAUUCGUCGAACCUGCCCAUGCAAAUGGCCCAAGCUACAAGCACGCUUCUCACCAUCACUUCCGCUUGCACCUGCUUCAGUCCGAGAUCGUACAAGUGGUGCAGUUCAAUCAGGGGAAAGUGGCCAGAGCCGCAAAGAAGAGGCGCAACUACUCAACGCAGACAAAUACACCAUGCCCCUUCAUUGCUCACUUCGACUCGUUCGGAUCCUGGCUCGUCGACAUGGAGAAGCGGCUUCAUCUGUGGAGAGCCUCGACUCCGACGGCGGAAGAGACUGGAGUCGCUUAUUCCACUCUUUUCCUGGAGCUGGGGUACUGGCAAGCGGUCAUACUCCUGCACGGUAAGAGGGGAAGCACACCCACGCUGAAGAAGGCCUUGAACCGAAGGCGCAAUGGAUCCAGAAAAGGAGACCGCGACGACGACACCGACCAAUCACACCUCAAGGUGGCUGAGGCAGGCCAGAAAGUGAUACGUCUAUACCGACAGCUGCAUCUUCAGGGACUCAUUCGGUACACCUACAUCUCCACUCAUCAACUUUUUGUGGCGGGCAUGUCAUAUCUUGAGGCCAUUCAUUCUUCAGAAGUCUUGCGUGGUAGAGUGGUGAGUCAAGUAUAUGUCUUUUUUUUGGGCAGAAUUGCAGGCUGAUCACCCCUCUGUUCAAGACCUUGGACGAGGUAGACUUCACGGUGUUGGCCGCGAAAUCGGUGUUUGCCGACAUGGAGGGGAAAUGCCCGCAGGCCAGCGCGUAUCUCGAUGUUUUCGAUCAAAUGGCGCGAGCGACGAUCAAGAUUGUCAGCUCUACGUCAAAACGCCCGCAAGAAAUCGUACCCACUGGGCUUUCUUCAAUGCCGUUACCAUUGUCACGGCGGACACACAUUGACAAGACUCCGCUGAGCCUCAGCUCUGAGCAGACAUCUCUCACCCUGGCGACCGCGCCAAAUCCAACACAAACAUCACAACAGCUCGCAAUGCCCGUGGUGGCACCUCUCGGCGGCCUCAGCAGCACCGAUGAAGAAACCAAGGACAUAGGGUUCGACCCGUAUUGGGAUGAUGCCUUCAACGGGGGAGGGGUUUUGGACACAUUCGAUGCGCUCUUCUUUGGCUCAUAGCAUCACGCACAGAUCAUGCUCUGGUCGACAUGCCCAUGUCCAUCUCAUGUCCCCACGUGAAACUUAUGACUUGUCACUGCGGGUAAUUUCGCGGUUCGAAGAGCGUUUUAACCAGGAUUAUGUGAAGCUAGGCAAUAGACGCAUAGAUCG